CCUACACCCAGACACCACCAUGGGUGUCUCCCGCCUGCUUGUAUCGUCCCUACUAUGGGUAGCGAGCACCAGCGCCACCACCGAGUUCUCCCCUAAUGCAAACCACAUCUUCAACUCGAUCCACUCGUCGAUGCGCCAAUGGGGCUCUUCCCUCCAGCACAACGGCAUGUCCUUCUUCCUGGCGACCGUCCCCGCCGGCACGCAGUUUUACCAUGGCAACGCCAACCCCGCGCCGGUGAACGGGACGGAGUGGCUGGCCUUUGAGCCCGAGCAUGCGCUGGUCUUUGCCCGGCCGGGCCCGUUUAAGAAUCCGCCACCGCCUCCUCACGAUGACGAUGACGACGACGACGGCGACGACGACGGAAAAAAGGGAGACCUGCGGAAAGAGAAGCGGGCAGAGGUCGAGCAACAGGAGUCGGAAGGCGGUUGGCUGCACACCUACACCGCCGCCAAGGACCUUCGGCUGCUGUACGCGGACGGCAUGGCAGCAGGGAAAACCGCCAACGGGACGCUCGACGGCGAGGACCGGAUUCUGUUCCAGGAUAACCUGCCCAGCGAUGGGGCGAUGCACGGAGAGCGCGCGCGCGCGGUUGAGUUCUGCCGCAUGGCCCGCGAGGACUUCGACGGACGGCUGGACGGUUUCCUGCGCAUGGAGGCCGGCUUCGAGAUCAUCCUCUGUGACUUCGCGCGGGAUCUGAAGGAGGUGCGUGUCACGCAGGUCAAAUCGAACAAGGAGUCUUCUGGGGGCCCGGGAGGACCGGGUAAAGGGAAGGGCGGCGGAAAGGGGAAACCUGGAAAAGGGGGGCCCGGGGGAGGCGCGGAUUGGAUGAAGGCGAUCACGGCCCGGUAUGGCGGCAUCGGCGGCCACCGCGUCGCGCUGAACUACGAGACGUUCGUGUCCGCCUACACGUACGGCCUGGACCUGUUCCACUCGACGAACGAGACCUUCGCGCAUCCCCGUCUGAUGCACCUCUCCGCGCAGCAGCUGCAGCCCAUCCGCGAUGACCUGCACCGCCUCGUCCUGGACCACACCGCCGCCGAGAACCUGUACGACUGGCAGGCGAUCGCCGACAUGGUCGUGGAGCGCUACGCGCGCGAGAUCCGCUACCUCGCGUCCGGGGACGUGGCCACGGUGGCCGACCUGCAUGCGGAGAUCGAGACCAUGCUGGUCCCGUUCAUCGACUACUCGGACCGCGAUACCGACGCCGAGCGCGAACGCUGCGCGCACCAGUUCCUCCCCGGCGAGAUCGCCGUCGAUGGCGUCGCGGCCACCGCCAUCCACUCCGUGGCCCGCAGUAUCUGUGCGACCAUGCUGGCCGCCUGGCAGGAGCCCGACUACCAAGCCGCCGUGGACCACUUCCGGGAGCUGAUGAACUACCUGGCCUGGACGACGUGGAAGCAAUGCAGUGGCUGCGGUGACCACGAGGUUUGCGUCGUCCCCAUCUGGCCCAUGGGCACUCUCGAGGACUAUGAGCACCCGCAGUGUCGCGAUUUCUCGAACCCCAUCAGCCCCGGCCAGAGCUACUGGGGCGACCGCCGCGGGCCUCGGCCGCAUGAGCCGGAGGAUGAGGAUGGGCAGGCAUCGGGCUGGUUGGUGCGAUUUGUCCGGUAUGUGCUUGAGAUCUUUCUGCGCAUGCAUAUUUGAGGAGGCAGGGUUGGAUGUUGGCUGAAGCACUCGAUUGGUUUUACUUUUUUUAAAACUACCACAUAAACUAUUACCCCACAACCUAUGCUAGUCUUUCUUGUGUGAGUUCUCUUCUUCGAUUAUUAUCUGGUUCAAACUCGACUUCCGCCCCUUGGUGAAGGACUUCGCAUUAGAAACGCCGUCCUUUCUGUUGAGGGGCACGGCGCUCAUUUAGCAAAGAGAGUACAGGAUAAUAGCGAGGGGCAAUCUGCAUCCUGCAUUGCGUUGCGCCGACAUUCGCUUUUCUUUCCAAGCAGAAAGCGAUAGACAGUGCUCUGUGCUCAACUGUGUCACUUGCAUGGACUGAGACCCGCUUAUCACGACUUAGUGCGUGAG